CAUUGGAUGCAAAAGAUAAAUCUUAUCCUGUUAUCAUUCUGCUACAUACCUUCAUCUCUUUCAUUCAAAGUUACGUUCUUGUUUCCCAGGUAGACUGAUUAAGAGAAAAGCUCUUUUGUCGCAUUGCUGGACUAAUAAAUAUCGGUAGGCAGUGUCUAUUUGUUUAAAUUUUUGGAGGAAAAAAGUGUUUCGUAUUUUUAAUAUACUGUGUGUUUGUGUAAAAAUUAUGAAGGACGAAUUAUUUUCUUUGAAAAUCAAGAGACAAAAACAAGUGUAGUACAGUCAACGUAUUUUUCUCGGACACAAUUACAUGUUGGAUAUGUUUCUUCUUUAAUUUUUAUCUACAUUUUAUUUGGAUCUUUGUUUGGUAACUCAAUCAUGGAAAGAAGUAUUCCUCACAUCAAAAGCAUCUUUACCAACACCUCAGCAAGAAAAAAAUCAACAAGUGACACUCAGGAUCUGUGUCAGUAUGAAAAGUCCCCGAGAAGUAGACGUCGCAACAAAGAACCAAAUAUUGAUUAUUACGAUAAAAAUGAAAACCAUAAAAGUACUAGUUCGCCAAAGAAGAAUAGUUCGGAUCUUGGAAAAGAAAAUCUUAAAUCAAGCGAUGAACAUCCUCGUAAAAAUGGCAACAGGAAUGGGAAUUACAAUACUUACACCAGCAAGACCUUAACAGAGAGAGACAUGAGACACUUAGAACGUCACUUGUCCAUGAAAAAGACCAUUCGAAAACAGAUCAGUCGCAACUUGGCUCAAGCAUUUUUGGACAACCCUGAUAUAUUCGAACCAGAUGACUAUAAACAGGAAAAUCACCAGAAUGAUCACAAAGUGCCAUCGACACCAAGCCAACAAAAAAUGAAAUCGUCUGAACAAAAUGUUCUAGAUCUUCUUAAAAUUAGCAUCGAAGAUAGAGAUUCUGGUCAUUCCAGUCCAACACAUGAGGCCCUAACGGAUACAGAUUAUGACGAUGAAGACGUGCAAGACGUGAAGCCUUGGAGAGCAGCUGUAAAGCACCGUGACAGCGAAACUAAAGGCUUAGUGGAUGAUUCUAAACACCAAGAUUCUGAAAAGAAAUCUUCCUCCAUCUGGAAAAUGUUCUCAUCUAGAAAUAAAACAAAGCGAUAAGAGAAUGUUGUUAAUGAAAAACUAUGUACUUGCAAGUUCUCAAGUAACUAAUACUUUUUAUAUAAAAUUUAAAUUGUAAGUAAUCGUCAUCGUAAUAUUUUGCAAACGAUCACGUUUAUUUUAGGUAUCUAAAAUGGCACUGAUUAAACAACCGUAACAUCGUGUUAUAUAAAAAAAAAACUUUUUUUAAUUAUUGUAUCAUCGACUGAACUUUGUUAAAAUGAUCAUUGAAUUACAGGAUCAACAACAAAUUUUUGUGAAAAGUGUUCUUUUUAUCAGACUAUUUACAGAAAUUUAAAUAAAAAAUUCUUUGAAUUAGACUAUUAUCUUCAGAGCUUGGCAAAAAAUUUUAUUUAAAACAACCAUAACAUUGUGUUAUUAAAAAAAACUUAUUUUAAUUAUUGUGCAUCCAUUGAACUUUGCUAAAAGGAUCAUUGAAUUACAGGAAAAACAACAAAUUUUUGUGAAAAAUGGUCUUUUUUAACAGACUAUUCACAGAAAUUUACAUUUACAAAGAUUCUUUGAAUUAGUCUAUAAUCUUCAGAGCUUGGCAAAAAAUUUUAUUUGAACUAUCAGUUCAGCUUCAGAAGUUUGAAUGAUAGUGCCUUUUAAUAGUCAAAUCAUUUACAAACCAUUGCGAAAAAGUUGUUUUAUACUUUGUGAAUUACUAGAUCAGCUACGGAACAUUGAAUGAAAGUGCAUUUAAUUAUCUGAUCAACAACGGACCUUUCGAAAAAAGUUGUUUUACAUUUUGUGACUUAUCGGAUCAGUUACUGAGCUUUGAAUAAAAGUGUAUUUUAAUCACCAUCGACAGAUCUUUCUAAAAAAGUUGCUUUGUAAUUCGCUAUAACAAGUGACAAUUAUAAACUAUUGAUGUUACAAAUAAUAAUUCUUGUGCAUAAACCAUUAUGAUAAAUCUGCGAGAAGAUUUAAAAGUGCAUUUCUCAUACUUUUUGUAUAUAGUUGAGCAUAUCACGGGUUGAGGAAUUUGCAUAUUUUUUUGUUAGUUUGAAAGCUUGCUUCUAAGUAUUAUAUUGUGUGAUUUCUAGUAUCUUUUUCUGUUGUAUCUUUCCUAGAAUUCAUAUUUAUGAAAACUUUUCUAGUCAAACUGUACGAAUUGAAAGACCACGAAUUUCUUAGAUGGAAAAUUGAAUGAUCUCAAAAAUAGUGGUAAUUGUUUAUAGAUAUAGUGGUAUGUUGUUAGACACAUUUUACUAACAAAAGAUGCAAGGUAAAUGGCUUCCAACUUACACAUUCAUCCCCCUCAUGUUAUACCCUUUUUUGAUGAAUAUAUUUCGCAGUGGUAGUGAACUAGAUGAGGUAUUUUUUAUGCAAUCAAAAUCUUGUAAAAAUUUUCAAAGUAUUGAAAUAAAGAUGGUAUAUUGUUAAUAAUAUACACGUCUUAAUUACUUUUGUAUACAGAAUUGCCAAUCUAGAUGUUACAAUCGCCCACAAAUUUUAAAGUUGUUCUGAAAUUACAAUAGUAAACAAAUGUGUUUAAAAAUUUUGCUAGUUUUUAAAAAUAUUACUAUAUACUUAUUGAGUAUUUUAACUAGAUUUUAGAACUAAUUAGAUAUCAUGGAAGUAUGUAAUAUAGCAAUUUAAAUGUUAAAUUUUAUAACUUGUUUUCACUUUAAAAAUCUGAGAAAAUUUGAUAAUAAAAAAACAAAUUGAAUCAAGUUGAUUAACUUAAGCAUAAUAUAUUACUGCUUAAACUUUGCUGCCAAUUGAAAUAAAAUCUUCAGUUGGAGUGCAUGCUCUAUGUUUCAGCUGAGGAUGUCAUAAUAUAUUUGUAAGUUAAAAGAGUGGUAGUAAAGUUAGUUUUUAUUGAUAUUUUUAAAAUAUUUCUGGUAGUUACAUUCAGAAAAUACUACAAUACACCAUUACAGUAGCAUCUCGCUUUUCUGUAGCAAAGUGUUUGACUUAAAAUUCGAUUCCUAGUUUUAAAAAAAUAGUUUUAAAAAAAAACACCUUCACACUUCAAAUUAUACAAGAUUUUUUAGACAUGUACAUUAAAUACUUGAUAAUUAUAAGGAAGCACAAUCUAACUUAAAGUUUCUUUAAAUUAUUUUUCUACAAUCAUUAAGAAAAUUCUUCCGCAAAAAAUCGUAUAAAUUGUUAAAUGUGUAAGUAUGAAGGCUUGGGGCAAUGAUAACCACAUUUUUCCAGAGGCGAUAGUUUUAUAUCAAACAGUUCCUAGGUGGGACUUAAAAAGUUUUCGAUAUUUUCUCUGAAUAAUAGCACAAUAUACAGAAUCAUCUCAAUACCCACAUAAAAAUUUUGGUAUUUUUCACCAAACCCGCUCUCCUGUACAUUAAAAAAUGUAGCUCAUUUUAAUGCUUAACACUUUCAUGUAUAUGUAGUUGGUAUCCUUAGGGCAAUUUAACUUCGGUAGAACAAAGAAUAUUAAUAAGAAACAUUUAUUUUAUUCAAAUUUAUUAAAAGUGAUAAAAAGGAUUUAUAAUUACAGUAAAAAAAUUAUCCAGGAGAAGCUAAGUAUGCAUACAAUCAAAAAUCUAGACAGAAUAGAAAAGUUUAUAUUUACAUCUAAAUUAUUUAGCUGUUAGGAUAUGUUAACCAAAAACUUUUUUACAGAGAAAGCGCCUGUUUAAUUUAAACAUUCAUGUACCAUUCCAUUUUUUGUAAUAAAAAAAUUGGAAUGAAAAAUCUUACAAUUUAACCGGAAAAGUUGGCAGCUAUUUAUAUGCAUUGUAAUCUAAAGUUAACUAAUUUCAUGGAAAUGUAUUCUUAAAAAUCAUAAUCUGAAGCGACAAGUUUCGCAACUGUAAGAAAAUGCUUCUAUUGCUGUGUAUCUGAAUAUUAUUUAAAUGGUAGCACUGUUAAUUCUAAAAACUGAUGAAAGGACUCGUAAUACUUUAAGGGUAGUUAAUGAAUAUACAAGUCUAAAGAGUAUAAGUAUAAAAUAUCUUCUUUAUACUUGCAAGUAUAAAAUUUCCUCGGAGUUGAAGAUAAUAUUAAUAAAAUUGUUUUUCGGUUUUUUUAUGUUUUGCAAUGAUGUAAAUAGCAUAUUUAUCCUUAUAUAUCUUGUAAAUAUUAUUGUUUAGAAUCCUAUUUUCUUUAUUUCUUGAAAAUGAAUGCGUUCAGAACCUAAGAUGGUAUUAUGGAUGCAUGUUUGCAUUUCGAAGGAGUGUAGAUGUAUACUCUGCAAAAUAAAGUUUUUUUUUUCAAAACAAAA